AUUGGUUAACUCAAGAAAUAUCCUCUAUACAGCUGUACGUUUAUACGAUGGGCAAGAUCGUUUGCGUCACGGGAGCCAAUGGCUUCAUCGCCUCCUGGAUCGUGUGCAAGCUCCUCCAAAGGGGCUACACAGUUCGUGGCACGGUGAGAAACCCAGAAAAAUGCGGCCAUCUCUUGGGGCUGGAUGGAGCAAAGGAGCGCCUCACACUUUUCAAGGCCGAUCUCCUGAGCUAUGAAUCACUGCUGCCGGCGUUUCGCGGCUGCCAUGGAGUCUUCCACACAGCUUGUCCUGUGGCCUUCCAAUUCGACAAUCCAGAUGAUGUUUUGGGUCCUGCGAUUCAAGGCACCGAAAACGUGAUGACUGCUUGCUCCAACGAGAAAGUCCAGAGGGUGGUGAUGACUUCUUCCGGAGCAGCCAUUGUUGCCGAUCCAAACAGGCCCAAAGAUAAGGUGGUGGACGAGAGCUGCUGGAGCGACUCGGAAGCUUGCAAGGAAUGGAAGUCGUGGUACUCGCUCGCCAAGACCGAAUCCGAGAAGCUGGCAUGGAAGUUUGCAAAGGAGAAAGGCCUCGACUUGAUUGUCAUCUGUCCGGUGAUGGUUUUUGGCCCGAUCUUACAGCCCACCUCCAACACCACGGUGGAGGCUCUCAAGAAUAUCAUCAAAGGAUCGAGCAUUCCAAAUUCAUGGAUUCGACUGGUAGACGUGAGAGACGUCGCGGAAUCUCACAUUGUGGCUUUGGAAAACGAGGCGGCGUCCGGGCGAUACUUUUGCUUUGCGCAUUGCAUUCACUACAAGGACGUCGUCAGCGUCCUGGCCAAGAAAUUCCCGCAACACUGCAAUCCCGAGCUCCAGUGCGAUGAGAGCCAGCCCGUGGGUGGAAUUGCUCCAGAGCUCACCAAGAAUGACAAGCUUUUGAGCUUGAUCAAGGAGACAAUACCAUACGAGCAGACACUGGUCGACACAAUAAGCUGCCUUGACGACAAAGGUUUCAUGUAAAUCAAGGUUCUUUUCAAUAAAAUUCACGAACUUUCAAA